UUCGUUUAGUCUGUGAACUUUCACCACGAGGUGACGGACAACAGUUAGUCAGUGACAUCGGUUACUAGUGUCCACGUACCAGUGAAGUUUAAAUUAAUAACAUCGGUCAAUAAUCUACUAAAACCGUACCAAUCAAUACUAAAAUAAUUUAUUAAAAUUUCGUCGUUCUAAUCUAAAGUUAAAAGUUAAUAUUUUCGCGUCAAAAUAUGUGUGUUCAAUAUUUGUAAUUCAGCACAGUGUCAAGAUAAAGUGUGUAUAAUAUAUAUUUUGUUUGUAAAUAAUUGCAUGUGGGCAGAGUUCACGCGUACCGUUAGCUGCAAAUUCAUUUAACUCUAAAUUCUCAGUGAUCAGUGAAUCUAAUGUUAAUUAAUAAAAAGUAUUUAGUUUAAUAGUAAUAUAGGAACUAAUAUACAUGUGUGUGCUUACAUAAAUAAUAAUAAAAAGACUAAUUAAAGUGUGUACAUGUGUGUGUAAAGGAAAGUGGAAAGUAUUGGAUCGUUAUAAACUGAUAUUCUUCAAUAAACAUUAGGAAACGAAAAUGAUGCGAGCGGUCGUCCUCAUCACGCUGGCCGUCUCCGGCUGCGCGCUGGCCGUUCAAAGCGAAGCUCCUCAUGGGUACAUAGUGAACAAGGCUGCCGGUAAAGCAUACAAAGUGAUGUACCAAGCACAGACCUGGGCGCGUGCGAAGGUGGAAUGUGAAACAAAUGGCGCCUCGCUGGCUGUGCCCAAAUCACAGGACGAGUUCAAGUUCCUGCAGAAGCUGGUGCGAGGCAUGUACUACCCGAACAUCGUGGGUUCCUGGUACAAGCUGCUGGUGUGGCUCGGCAUCAGCAACCUCGACGACUACACCGUCUGGAAGAAUAUAGACGGUGAGAACAUCAACACAACAGGAUUCAGCAAGUGGGCCAGUAACUACGUCGCUUUCAGCAACGACCCCACGGAGCCCCACUGCGCCGGGAUGGACGCCGUGAACCACGGGCUGCGGGACUACUGGUGCCACCUCCGGCAGCCCUACAUCUGCCAGAUACAGGUCGACCCCGUCGGCCCCCCCAACUAUAACAACCUGAACGAGGAAACAGAACAUCUUAACCACUGAAACAUUUUGUUUUUAUGUUAAAUGUUGUUAUUUAUAAGACCAAAUUGUAUAAUUAAUAUGU